UGUCACAUGUCACAGCUUUCCUCCAUCAUUCUUAUGGGCUAUGGAAUAACUAUUCUGCAGGAAGGAUGGAGGAAAUCUGAGGCGAGACAUCGCAUGGAGGAGGACCCAUAGAAAUUGUCGCUUGGAGAAGACUGAAUGGGACCUGUCAGGAAAAAGUAAGAGAAGCUCGCAUAACUUAAAUGGCAGGCAGGGGUAGUCAGCACAAAGUAAGAGGAGAUCGCAUAACUGGUACCAGCAGUGGAUUUGGGGAACGUGCAAUAAGGAUGUAUUAGAAAUACUGAGAUUUUAAAGGGAGAGGGCAGAACUACUUGAACUCGGUGCGUAGAUUUCCGAAAAGGCUAUCGAUCCGCCUGAAUUCAUUCAAGUCUUUUCAUCACUAAAGAGCCCGACGAAAAAAAAAACUGUCGUGAAAGAAGCCGUUUCUCCGUGGAAACCCUAUGGAAAAGUAGCGCACUCUUUUGUUUGAGCGGAAUGAUGCGAAAGAGGGGUUGCUGUGCGUCCUAUUAAAGCAGUGGCGCAGCGCUUCUGACGUUAGUAAGAGCUCUGAGGCUUACAGUGGGAGUUCUAGAAGAAGCGGAGAGGAACACUGCCCUGUCUGUUUACAUGGUGUAUAACCAGCAGCCCUGCUCGUGUUUGGAUUAAAUAUAACUUGGAGCUGUGCCCCAGUCAUCAAACAAUAAAUGUAUCCAGCUGUAACACUUUGCUAAGCUUUGCACAGUCUUGUAUUGUUAUUGUUCAUACAAGCUGCCGGGGGAGAAACACAAAGAAUCAAGACGACCCACGUCUGUCAAGAUAUAGUGUGGCUGUUACCGUUCAGAUUUCCUGCAAGUGCAAAAACCUUUUACAGCUGGAGCACCUGUCAUCGAUUGUUACCCUGAAGCAUCCCCCAAAGCACAGGGUCACAAUAGAUUCAGCCCCCUAAUGUUACAGCUUCUCCCCUCCCAGUGUGUCUGAAAGGGUGGAGACACUGGCUGUCACAUUUAAAUCUGCACAACAACAUGUUUUGACUUCUGCAUUCUUAAACACAGACACUUGCACCUGUGUAUUGUGUAUCCAUGUGCUUUAACAGAGGAAUGGGAGGGCAAGAAGAAGAGUAUGAAAUCCUAUCUCUGGCUGCCGAGUCAGGAAACUUACACCAGCAUCUUGCAGCAGGAGCACCAGCACUCGCCUGGGACCAAGCCCAUCUCAGUUAAGACUGGCAGUCAUCUCUUUCUGGGGUUCUGUGCAAGAAAAUAAACACAGUUCUAAAUUUUGACGUUUACCAGCAUCUGGGUUUUUAAGAUUGGGAUUUAUAAGGAAUUGAGAACAUUAUGGACAUAAUUUUUACACCGUUUACAUGCUCUUUGUGUUGGUACAGUAAGAGAAACCAUACUUUUAUGAACGAAGAUUUGUAACUAGUUGGUCCAUCAUGUUGAUGACUUGAGGCAUUACAAUUUUCACCAUCCCAUUUGUUGCUUUUGUUUUUUUUAAUGAUCUUCCCCAAAAAUCCAUUGACUUUAAGCACCGCAAUUUAGAGGGGAUGCACAGAAUGGUAGCAAUAACAUUUCUGGACAAAAAAGAAACAUCGGGGUUGUGGAAGGAGGAAAAGAUAAGCUGCCACGGAAUAAACUGUAAAUUGGAAGCCUGAAUGAGCUUUUCGGUGCCUGCAACCUGAAGGAUGGAGGUGGUGGGAGAUUUCGAGUACAGCAGAAAGGAUCUUAUUGGCCAUGGAGCAUUUGCUGUGGUCUUUAAAGGGCGUCACAGAAAGAAAACUGACUGGGAGGUGGCAAUUAAAAGCAUCAAUAAAAAAAACCUAUCCAAAUCACAGAUCUUGCUCGGCAAAGAGAUAAAGAUUUUAAAGGAGUUGCAGCAUGAAAACAUUGUGGCCCUUUACGAUGUCCAGGAAAUGCCUAAUUCAGUUUUCUUGGUUAUGGAGUAUUGCAAUGGUGGAGACCUGGCUGAUUAUUUACAAGCCAAAGGGACACUGAGUGAAGAUACAAUCCGAGUUUUUCUACAGCAAAUUGCUGCUGCCAUGCGAGUUCUACACAGCAAGGGCAUUAUCCACCGGGACCUAAAACCACAAAAUAUUCUUCUAUCUUAUGCCUCCCGGAAAAAAGCUACCUUCAGUGGUAUCCGGAUCAAAAUUGCGGACUUUGGCUUUGCACGUUAUCUGCAGAGCAAUAUGAUGGCUGCUACAUUAUGUGGAUCCCCAAUGUAUAUGGCUCCUGAAGUUAUAAUGUCACAGCACUAUGAUGCAAAAGCAGACCUGUGGAGCAUUGGAACAGUAAUUUAUCAAUGUCUUGUUGGCAAGCCACCCUUUCAGGCUAAUAGCCCACAAGAUUUGAGACUGUUUUAUGAGAAAAAUAAAAAUCUUGUCGCUAGCAUACCAAGAGAAACAUCUGCGUAUCUGUCUGACCUGCUUUUGGCAUUACUUCAGAGGAACCAAAAAGACAGACUCGACUUUGAGGGAUUCUUUAACCAUCCUUUUCUCAAUCAAGUGUCUACAGUCAAAAAGUCCUGUCCUGUCCCGGUGCCUACCUCUUCUGGGUCCAGUAUUUCAGGCAGCUCCUGUGGAAGCUCACCAUCUUGCCGUUUUGCCUCACCACCUUCUCUGCCAGACAUGCAGCAUAUCCAGGAAGAAAAUCUGUUUUACCCACCACUGGGUCCACCAAACUACUUGCAGGUGUCCAAAGACUCAGCCAGCACUAGCAGCAAGAACUCCUCUUGUGAUACAGAUGACUUUGUCUUGGUUCCCCACAACCUAUCUUCUGACCACUUCUAUGAUAUGCCUACAGCAGCCGCUGGACGGAGAACAUCAUCCAGUGAGUUUCUGAUAUGUGGAGGGCAGUCACCACUGAACACAUCAGGAGGCAUGAUAAAUGUGCAAAAACCUUCUAACGCCUUACGUUGUGGUUCAUCAUCUGUGGCUCCCAGACAAGGUCAACCUCAAGUAUCUCCUCGCAGUGAAACUCCUCCCAUUCCUGUCCCAACCCAGUUACGGAACUACCAGCGCAUUGAGCAGAAUCUUACCACUACUGCCAGCCCAACGUCUAACCCUCAUGGAUCCCCACGAUCAGGAGCAGUGCGACGCUCUAAUACAAGCCCCUUGGGCUUUUCAAAGGUUGGGUCUGGUUCACCCAGCUCUGCUGACAUGGUACAAGCUGUUGGACGCCGCUUGUCCACUGGUUCCUCACGGCCAUACUCUCCUUCACCGCUAGUUGGGACUAUUCCAGAACAACUUGGCCAUUGCUGUUGUGGAUAUGCUCAAGGACAUGAAUCUAGAAGCAGAAAUUCUUCUGGGGGUUCUCCAGUUCCACAGUCCCAGUCACCACAACCUUUGCUGGGAGCCAGGCUGCAGAGUGCCCCAACCCUCACUGACAUAUACCAGAAUAAGCAGAAACUGAGAAAACAACAUUCAGAUCCUGUGUGUCCUUCCUACGCUGGACAAGGUUUCGGCCACUCUCCCCAGCCUACUCGGCCAGUCAGUCUUGGGGCUUCUCCUACAAAGCACAUGGGUUCUUCACCAAGGAGCUCAGAAUGGCUGUAUAAAACUCCAUUACCUACAAUUAUUGGAUCUCCAACCAAGGCAACUGCACCAUUCAAGAUCCCUAAAACCCAAGCAUCUUCAAAUUUGCUAGCACUGGUUAAUCGGCAGGGUCCUGUAGACUCUUCUUUGCCGGCAAAAGAUCCAUUAGAAGCAAGAGAGUUUUCACAGUUUGUCUGCCCUUGUGGAACAGAAAAGCAGAGCACACAUCAACAUGGCAAAGCCACAUUUGGAAGAUCUGUAAGUGCUGGGAGGCUUUCAGACCAGACCGGGAGAGCUACUCUAGGAGGGCAGCAUUACCAGGGCAGCACAGACAGUCUCAACUCAGAACGCCCAAUGGAUACAGUUCCUGCAGGUGCAAGUGGAACUGCACUUGCUGUGCCCUCAGUGGGAAACAGAGGAGUUAUGUUCACUGUGGGAUCCCCCCCUAACAGUGCCACCCCUCCAACCUGCACCCAUAUGAUGAUGAGGACAAGAACUACUUCAGUUGGAUCAAACAGCUCUGGGGGCUCUCUCUGCUCCACAAGUGGUCGUGUGCUCAUGGGUUCACCAUCUACUUUUAAUAUGGGCUCUUCUCCCACUGGAGCAGAUGCAGCUCCAAACCUGAAAUACAUGUCCUAUGGCACAUCACCACCCAGCUUAGAAGACUUUAUCACAUUUGAAGCCCCAGAACUUCCUGAAGAAACCUUAAUGGAGAGAGAACAUACAGACACACUCCACCACCUGAACCUCAUGCUGAUGUUCACAGAAUGCGUAAUAGAACUGACAGCAACCAGGGGAGGGAAUCCUGAGCUUUGCACCUCUGCUGUGUCCCUUUAUCAGAUUCAGGAGAGUGUUGUGGUUGAUCAAAUAAGUCAGCUGAGCAAGGAAUGGGGACAAGUGGAGCAGUUGGUGCUAUAUAUGAAAGCUGCACAGUUCUUAGCAUCAUCUCUACAACUUGCCAAAUCCCAAAUAAGAGCUGGAAAACUGACUCCAUCGAGUACUGUUAAACAAGUUGUGAAGAGUAUGAAUGAGCGGUAUAAGUUUUGCAUUAGAAUGUGCAAGAAGAUGACUGAGCAGCUGAACUGCUUCUUCUCAGACAAGCAGAGAUUUGUGGAUGAGAUUAACAGUGUCACAGCGGAGAAACUGAUCUACAGCUGUGCGGUAGAAAUGGUACAAACUGCAGCACUGGAUGAGAUGUUCCAUCAUACAGAAGAUAUUGCAUAUCGUUAUCACAAAGCAGCGCUGCUCUUGGAAGGCUUAACAAAAAUCCUGCAGAGCCCAGCAGACAUAGAAAAUGUGCACAAAUAUAAAGCCAAUGUGGAAACCCGUCUGUCUGCACUCUGCUAUGGGACUGUAGCUGUGUAUGAGUCGUAACAAUAUCCUCUGGACCACAAGACAACAAAUAAAACAAGGGACCACUUUGUUAUACUGAACUGCUACUACUAGCUGCAGUCUGAGAUGAUGUCAACACACACCCACACUACAGCACUGGAGGCUUCUCAAGGAAAAUAAGAAAGUAGUGAAAGUCAACAUACCCAGGAAAGCUGCCUUAUAUUAGACACUCCUCAUCUAUUCUUGCAGGAAGAAUAUAUGCCUCGAGCAUAAAAAUAGGAUGGGAGGAAACAUGUACAAAAACUAACAUGGAUCUCCUGCAAGGCUCUUUUUAAUAUUAAUAGACAAUUAGGAGAAAGAGUGAAUGCUCCCUGCAGCAAACCUUUCGGCAAACAGUGACUCAGUAAUCCAACUGGCAAGAUAUAUGUUUCUUUAAAUUACAUUUUUUUUUCCCUGAAGGUCUUCACUGUAAAUUGUGAAACUGAAAGAAGCACCCAUGUUAUCAAAAUAAAUAGAAUUGAGAAAAAGCACUUUAUUUUGUGUAGGAAUGGGGAAAAAACAAUCCAGCAGCCAUGUCACAUGUUUCAUUUAUUUUUCAGUCAUUUCUGACAUGGCUACUAAAUUUAUUUUGCACUAAUUUCUUACGACUGUAAAUGAUCUUAUCCAUAUUAAAAAAAGGCACAAUGGACUUACAGAGAUGUUAUUAUAUUGUAUGCGUUAAAAUCAACUUUGAGAUGUAAUAUGUAGCUUCCUAAAAACUCCACAGACUACAAACAAAUGUACCUGCUACCCUUUUUAUACCCAUUUUACGAAUUACUUCAAACUAUCCAUGUUCUCUGCCAUUUAUUUGGUGUUAUUGUUUUGCUGUUUAUUGCUUUCUAUACACGUAGUGUGUUGUGCAUGUGCUCCUUUGAACUCUUCUGGGUGUUACAACUAAUUCUAAGUGUGUUUCAUGGACAGCGUUAGAGAAGGAAAACUGUACUGUCUGUGGAUUUACUAACACUACAGUGCAAUGGGUGUUCGAGACUGAUUACUUCUGUUAUACAACUGCAGUACAUUGGAGGUUUUACUGCAGGUUUUACUUUCCAUGCUCACUUGGAUAAACUACACACAGCAGUACAGUACAAGAUAUACAGAUUGGAUGCGAGCUGCCGUGUUACAUGCAACAGCAGAAAACCUGGCUGUUAGGAUGCAAUAUCUUUUUAGAAGGAUGUAUUUAUAAUAACACAAACAGUGGUGCUACUUAGCUGCAUCAUGUGUCAUAUGAUACACUUUGCUUUACCCUGUGACUCUUCCAAUAUAUCUUUAAUUUUUUUUGUGUGUAUAAUUAAUAAUUUUAAAAUUAAAUUGCUAGUGCAGGAAAUUCUUUGUUCAGUGCUAAGCUUUUAUUUCCUGUACGUUUUUAGUAGUCUUUGUACAUUACAAAUGUCACUGAAUUAUCAUUGGUAUCUGUGUUAGGAAUAGUGUGUUAGGAAUUGCGUGUGUGUUUCCAAUAUCACACAAGGUAUUAAAUAGGUGAGAAUUGUAUCAACUUGAACAGCCAACCUUUUUACUUCAUGACAUGAGACAUGCUGGAUUUUGUACUAAUACAUCUGGAGACAUAGAAGUUGCCUGCUGCUGAAGCAUACUGGGAGUAUAUCGGCAGUGGCUGAAGUGGUACCUGCUGGUGGGGGGAAUGAUAGUAUAUGUACUGUAAUUAAGGAAGUUCCUGGGUUUUGUACAUUAGUUCAGAAGGGUUGCCUGCUGUUUUGGAGUGAGUGGGGAGGUUUGUUCUGUACCACAAUCAGAGGCCGGCUAAGCCAGUUAAAAUUGAUUCAAGUUUGCCUCAAGAGGAAACUAAAAGUGAUUUUGGGAGACUGAAGUAACACAUGGACUUUACCACCAGUGAUUCACAUUAUUGCCGGUGGGAAAGCUUUUACAAUAAAGUUGACUGCAGAAACAGAGAUUUAUUGCUGGCGAUCUAUCUCCUGGUGUGCCAUUGCCCUAAUUCUUCACUGACUAAGAUUGCCUGCUGGCAGGGAAAUAGACAGAGAGUUGAACAGCAGAUGGCAGCAGUUCUAGUGACUACUGAUUUAUCUAUCCUGUAAUGUACCACCCUAAUGGUGGUGGCAGGCGGGGAGAUCAGUCACCCAGCGACAAAUCUUCUCUACUGGGGGCGGCGACUAAUCUCCCCAAAAUGCCUUCCCAUCGGCAAGAAUAUGAAUCACUUCGGAUUUCCGAAGUCGCCAGAAGUUUCCUCAUGAGGCAACUUCGGAAAUCUGAAGCGAUGUGUUUGCCAUUGCCAGCAAUUCAUAUUCUUGCCAGCGGGAAGGCAUUUGGGGAGAUUAGUCGCCCAAAGUAGGGGAGAUGUGUCGCUGGGCGACUCAUCUCCCCUUUUGCCUCCACCCUAAAAGGGCACUGCUAUUCUAAACAAAAAUGUUUACUUACUGUCAGCCAGUAGAAUAGUAAAUAAGAGGUACAAUAUUUACUUUCUUUCGAUCUGACUUCUCUUGUACUAGCAAAUAAUCCUAGAGGCCCUCUCUGUACUUUGGUUUUGAAGUAAAAGAAAAAGCAAACAAAAAAAAAUCCACAUUUUCAUCUGGAAGCUCUUAAACAACAGCAGCACAUAUCUAAAAUAGCUCGUUUGUUUUUUACAUUUUGUCAUGCAUUUUUGUAUUUGUUUCUUACAUAUUUAAUACUUGAAUGCACCAAUUUUUUUUUUUAGAAAUCUGGUUUAAACCCCAAUUCCCAUACUCCUGUCAGAAUUGGCAGGGAAAUAGUAAGACAGUUACACAGCUGUAAAGCAUUAAUAAUUUCAUUUUAAUGUUCAAAAGCAUUGUGGUUUUAAUAUACUUGAGACAUUUCUAUUUUAUUUAUCAAAGAUUCUGCCAAUUAAUUUGAGUGUUUAUAUACUCGCUUAUGAUAUAUAUUUAUAUAUAAAUAUAUAUAAUAUAUAUAUAUAUAUAUUUACACAAACACACACAAAUGCAUAUGUAUGCAUUUCUUGGUCUUUAAUACCAUGUUUCUACCUCCUGUUUGUAAACUGCAUGCAUUAUUCUUGACGCUAGUUAACUUACUGAACUGUUGCAAGGUAGCCUUUUUAUUAUGGCUUGUAUAAAUGUACAUUAAGAAUAAAUAAAACCAACAGCAAAACCUCAAA